ACGGUUCUCACUGUCUGCCUGCCUCUCUAUGGACGACCGGAGGGGAGAAGGGGAAACGGGGAUUGUUGUCGUCUGGACCGCAGCGCCUUCCCGGGGCCUAGCGAUGAUUUAAUCACGGAAAACCGGGGUGCUGCGGGUUAAAAGGAGGAGAAAGACGAGAGGGGAGAGGAGCAGCCUCAGCCGUUGGAGAUGUGCGGUCGGGCCGAGAUUGCGGCGGUAUCCCUGUCUAGGCCUGGACUGAGCAGAUUGUUCUGAGAGGAAACGGACAACAAACAGGGGAAGUGAACAUGGCUGGGACCUCGGGCUUCUUUUCCAACGGACCUGUUCCGUGGAUGGACAACGACACGGAGAUGAACAACCUGUACCGAGACCUGGAGCUGGGCACAGUACUGACACUGUUUUAUUCUAAGAAGUCCCAGCGGCCAGAGAGACGGACAUUUCAAGUCAAGCUGGAGACCAGGACUAUUAUCUGGACUCGGGGCACGGAUAAAAUAGAGGGAGAGAUUGACAUUCGAGAGAUCAAGGAGAUCCGUCCUGGACAGAAGUCCCGGGACUUUGAGCGCUAUGUUGAGGACUCGGCAGCACGGCUGGACCAGGCUCACUGCUUCGUCAUCCUGUACGGCACCGAGUUUCGCCUUAAAUCGCUCAGCCUGGCAGCAACGUCUGAUGAGGAGAUGGCCAUGUGGGUGAAGGGCUUAAACUGGCUUGUGGCCGACACACUGAAGUCUCCGACACCACUCCAGAUAGAGAGAUGGUUACGUAAGCAGUUCUAUGCCGUUGAUCGCAACAGAGAAGACAGGAUAUCCUGUAAGGAUCUGAAGAGCAUGCUGAGCCAGGUCAACUACAGGGUGCCCAACAUGAGGUUCCUCCGAGAGAAACUUCCGGACUCAGAGCUGAGGAAUGGAGACGUGUCUUUCAGCCAGUUCGCCCAGCUCUAUCGCAGCCUCAUGUUCGACGCUCAGAAAAACAUGGAGAUGCCAUUUCUGCAGAGGUUCAUUGACAGACCAGAACAGAGGCUCUCCCUCGAUGACUUCAAGAGCUUCCUCCUGGAGUCUCAGAAGGAAAUGUGGGCCAUAGACAGUAGCAAGGUUCAGGAGUUUAUGUUCAGCUACCUGAAAGACCCUUUGAGAGAAGUGGAGCAGCCUUAUUUCCACCAAGACGAGUUCCUGACAUACCUGUUCUCCAGAGAGAACACCAUCUGGGAUUCCUCCCUGGACCAGGUUUGUCCUGAGAAUAUGAACAACCCCCUGUCCCACUACUGGAUCUCCUCUUCGCACAACACCUACCUGACGGGAGACCAGUUUUCCAGUGAGUCGUCCCUGGAGGCGUACGCUCGCUGUCUGCGGAUGGGUUGCCGCUGUAUUGAAUUGGACUGCUGGGAUGGUCCAGAUGGAAUGCCAGUCAUCUACCACGGACACACCCUCACGACAAAAAUCAAGUUUUGUGACGUCUUGACCACCAUCAAAGAGCACGCCUUCGUCACAUCCGACUAUCCCAUCAUCUUGUCCAUCGAGGACCACUGUAGUAUUGUGCAGCAGAGGAAUAUGGCCACUUACUUUAAGAAAGUGUUUGGAGACAUGCUGCUGACCAAGGCAGUAGAUAUCGCGGCAGAUGGCCUGCCCUCACCCAACCAGCUCAAGAGGAAGAUCCUCAUCAAGCAUAAGAAGCUCGCAGAAGGCAGUGCCUAUGAGGAGGUGUCCACCUCCACUCCCUACUCAGAGAACGAUAUCAGCAACUCCAUCAAAAAUGGCAUCCUGUACCUGGAAGACCCCAUUAACCAUGAGUGGUACCCUCAUUUCUUUGUCCUGACCAGCAGUAAAAUCUACUACUCAGAAGAGACCUCCAGUAACCAGGGCAACGAUGAUGAGGAGGAGCACAGAGAGGUUUCCAAUGGUAUGGACCAGCACGUGACAGAGAAAUGGUUUCACGGGAAGCUGGGCGCAGGGCGGGAUGGGCGGCAGAUAGCCGAGAGGUUACUGUCGGAGUACUGCCUGGAGACCGGAGCUCCUGAUGGCUCCUUCCUGGUCCGAGAAAGCGAGACCUUUGUGGGAGACUACACGCUGUCUUUCUGGCGCUCUGGGCGGGUGCAGCACUGUCGUAUCCACUCACGUCAGGAGGCAGGCAGCCCCAAGUUCUACCUGACUGACAACCUGGUAUUCGAUACGCUCUUUGCCCUGAUCAACCACUACCAGCAGGUGGCGCUGCGCUGCAAUGAGUUUGAGAUGAAGCUGACUGAGCCAGUGCCUCAGACCAAUGCUCACGAGAGCAAAGAGUGGUACCACGCCAACCUCUCCAGGAGCCAUGCAGAGAACAUGCUGAUGAGGGUUCCUCGUGACGGGGCUUUCCUUGUGAGAAAGAGAGCGGAGCCCAACUCGUUUGCCAUUUCCUUCAGGGCCGAGGGAAAGAUAAAGCACUGUCGUGUGCAGCAGGAGGGUCAGACCGUCGUACUGGGCACCUCAGAGUUUGACAGCCUAGUAGAUCUCAUCAGCUACUAUGAGAAGCACCCUCUGUACCGCAAAAUGAAACUGCGUUAUCCCAUCAAUGAGGACACACUGGAGAAGAUAGGCACUGCUGAGCCAGACUAUGGGUCACUGUACGAGGGCAGGAAUCCAGGCUUUUACGUGGAGGCCAACCAGAUGCCAACAUUUAAGUGCACGGUGAGAGCCAUGUACGAGUACAAAGCCCAGCGAGACGAUGAGCUCUCCUUCACAAAGAACGCUAUUAUCUCUAAUGUAGACAAACAGGAAGGAGGAUGGUGGAAAGGUGACUGUGGAGGGAAGAAGCAGCUGUGGUUUCCUGCUAACUAUGUGGAGGAGAUCAGUCCGUCAGCGGCGGAGCCUGACAGAACUGAGAUGACAGAGAACAGCCCUCUGGGAGAUCUGCUGAGAGGAAGUGUGGAUGUGUCUUCCUGUCAGAUUGUUGUGCGUCCUGAAGGGAAGGGCAGCAGGCCUCAUGUCUUCUCCCUGGUCCCGAAUGCCUCCAUGCGGACAGGUCCAGUGCUGGACGUCGCUGCCAACAGCCAAGAAGAACUCAAGGAAUGGAUGUUCAAGAUCCGUGAGGUCACCAUGACCUCAGAAGCCAAGCUGGAGGAGGGGAAGAUGAUGGAGAGGAGGAAGAAGAUUGCACUGGAACUAUCCGACCUGGUCAUCUACUGUAGGCCCGUGCCGUUUGAUGAAGACAAGAUUGGCACAGAGCGGGCAUGUUUCAGAGACAUGUCAUCUUUCCCCGAGACCAAGGCAGAAAAGUACGUCAACAAGAUCAAGGGGAAGAAGUUCUUGCAGUACAAUCGACUGCAGCUGUCCAGGAUCUACCCCAGAGGCCAGAGGCUAGACUCCUCGAACUACGACCCUCUGCCCAUGUGGCUUUGUGGGUCCCAGCUGGUAGCGCUUAACUUCCAGACAGCAGACAAGCCCAUGCAGAUGAACCAGGCUCUGUUCAUGCUGAACGGAAGGAGCGGCUACGUCCUUCAGCCGCCCAUCAUGAGGGACGACAGCUUCGAUCCCUUUGACAGACAUACGUUACGAGGCCUCGAACAAGUCACUCUAGAGAUAGAGGUUUUGGGCGCCCGGCACCUGCCCAAGCACGGACGCGGCAUAGUUUGCCCUCUGAUCGAGAUCGAGGUGUGCGGGGCAGAGUACGACAGUGGCAAGCAAAAAACUGAUUCAGAAGCUGAUAACGGUCUGAACCCCACGUGGCCCCGAAAGCCAUUCCAGUUCACAGUGUGCAACUCUGCCUUUGCCUUCCUGCGCUUUGUGGUUUAUGAAAUUGACAUGUUCAGUGACCAAAACUUCCUGGCUCAGGCCACAUUCCCCAUUCACAGCCUCAAGACAGGUUACCGGUCAGUACCUCUGAAGAACAGCUACAAUGAAGAUCUGGAGUUGGCAUCUCUGUUAGUCCACAUGGACAUCGUGAGAGGCAGGGAUGUAAACGGAGAGGUUCUGAGCCCGCUCCUCGCAGUCGGGGCCACGCCAGUGUCGGCGUCUGCCCAAGCAGGCCGGGAACGAUUGGGGGAUUUGAGCUCAGUGUCUUCGACUUCCUCCAACAUGUCUCCUCUGCCCCAGUCGCCGGCCCAGGCCAUGGCCUACAGGGGGAGGGAGGGCUCCUUCGAGUCCCGCUACCAGUCGCCUCUAGAUGACCUCCGGGUGUCCCAGGAGGCACUGCUGGACCACAUGGACCCACAGAACAGAAGGAUGUUGCGGAGGACCAGAGUGGGUGGAGAGAACCGUGUCUAAGUCCAAGCCAAUCAGGACGCAUUUCUGUUGCCCCCCCACCCCCUCUUCCCACCCUGCCCCUCCUCACCCAGUCGCCUCUCCCCGUACUGAUGAUGUCACUGACUGCUGUGAACACUGUUUCCAUGGAAACGCCCACCACCGCUUUGGCCUACAUUUCAGGCAGCUCUCUCUCCCUCCAUUCUCCAACCCCCCCCCACCUCUCUCUCUCUCCAUCUCUCUCUCCCUCUCUCUCCCCUCCCUGCCGCCCAGCCUCCUCACCACUCGCCUGACGCGAAGGAGGGUCUCGGACAUAAGAGGAGGGGGGUGGAGGAAGCUGACCGCUGCAGACAGGAAGAAGAAACGGACAUUCACAGGAGAACAAAAAGCAGGCUGAAAAAGUUCCAGCUCUGGACCGGUGGUUUUGCGGGGCGGGUUGUCCUCUCGUGUGUUUUAGGCGUGCACAACAGCUGCGUAGUCUGGAGGCUAAGACGAGGGAAAGAGAGAGUUAUAAAAGGUGUCAGUUUGAAACUGUUUCCCCAUUAAGUUUCUUUGCUCUUCUCUAUUUGGCGUAUAUGAAUAUAUGUAUUUAUUCCUGCUGUGCUGUUGGCCAGAGAACAGCAGUGGCUGACCUGCUCUCAAAGAGCUCCUGUCUCCAUGUUUUUAAUUAUUAUAAUUAUUUAAACCUUUAAACAUUCAUAAUGUGACUUUACAUUUUUUUUUAUGUAUAUGUGUAAAACACGAGGGCUCUCUACGGCUAUUUUAAUGUCUCUCUCCUCUCUGCAUUGUGGAGGAAAUGAUGCGCCUCCAGUCUAACUCACACCCUAAACCUGGAGGAAUGUUUCGUUCUUUUUGGAGUUGUUUUUUUUUUCCGAAGGCAUCAGGAAGAAGUCAUAGCCUGUUUGUGUUGGGAGCAGUGAGAGAGCAGGCAGCAUCAUGUGUUAUGUCUGCAUACACAAACACUCGCAUACACACACACAGGCUUUUUAAAAAUUAUUUCUAACUCACAUUCCUAAAAACUGCACAUCAUUCCAUUGUCCUGCGUCGCAGGCGCCUUUACAAGCCAGUCUGACACAUUCAAACUCGUGUCUUAGUGUUCAUGUCUGUCGGGGAUCUGACACCACACUGUGUGAUUUAGCAGGACCAGGGAUACAUGCCGACCCAUCGGAGGUUGUAGUGUGGUGAGUGUGAAUGAUGAUUGCGUUCCCGUCGUGGAUUUUUGCUUGUAUCAUCUACCGACAGGUUUGUGGGCCAUUUUAAUGGCAGCACAGUAAUCAAGGGAUGAUUCAUAGGGCUGCAAGGUUACGCCUAAAAUGACGAUACUGUUAAAUCUGCUGGAUAAUAUGAUCAUUUUUCAGAAUAGCAAAGGGGUUUGAGGGACACAAUUAUGUCCGCACAUUGAAAACGUUUUGAUUUACGGGGAACUUUGUUUAUCUUUCAAAUUUGUCAACAUACCACACUGUAAUUAUGGAACUUAUGAGUGUAAUGCAUGAUUAACUCUGCAGUCCUGUGUUUCCGUAAUUAAUGAUUGAAUAUUUGGUUGUUUUUACUUACAUUUCAAGUUUUAUUAGGAUUUAUGGCCCCUUAAUUCAAUGUUUUUAAUUAGCUGAGUACAACUACUCCCAUAACAACAACUCUGUGGCUACAGUCAGUAUAUAAACAGUCAAUGUUUUAACUCAGUAUCUUUGAGAAGGUUUUAGUCCCAGCAGCGUCUCCUCAAAGAGGUUUUUCGGAUCCAAACAAAGGUGUUUUACUGCAGCCACCAUUGUUUGUCAACGUGUGUACAAUAGGAGCUCCCCAUGUUUGAAAAGAAAUUCAGUAUUGUUGACCGACGGUGACCAAGUGAGAAGGUUUGCAUUGCCAGUGUAAAGAAAACACGCCAUGCACUCUGUCUGCUGGUACACCACAAAGACAUAAGGGAACGUCUGUGUUCACGCUGCCGCGGCGUCCUGGGGAGCUUUGUCACAGCACCGAGCUGCUUCCCAGGAACCAGCGAGGAUUUUAAGUUACACUGCCAUGAUAUGCCGUUAAAUCGUCACUGCCCAUGAAUUUAUUUGUGAUGACAUUGCAGACUCUGUGAACAACUGGCUGACGCUGUGCACGCCACAGUUCAUCAUUCCCAGCUUUGGACUCUCGUCCUGGCGUCUAUUCGUUAACGCUUGUCUCACUUGGUAAUUAAGACCUCUCUUGAGGUAAAUGUCGAUGCUCUGAAGUGUGCACAGAGUUAUCAUUUCCUGUGUUUGUGGUGUCAGAGCGUGUUUGGGAGGAUCAGGUCGAAGCUUCAGACUUUGUUGUCGCUGUGUUUCUGUGGCUGAUGGAUGACAAAGGUGCCUGGAGGGGAAGGGGUCUGCCGUCUGGGCCUUCAGUGAGCCCAGUCGGAGCUCGUAUAUAACCGAUGGUGUUAUCUUUCCAGGUUUGUAUCAGAAACAGUGUUUUCUUCUGCUCGUAUGUGAUGACUAUAUGAUGUAAACUCAGUAUUCUCACUCAGUGUUUGAUCACUGAGACACACCUAAAGCCAUAUGGUAUGAUUUAAGUUAAGGUAAAAGCAGGGACAGGAGUGAAUACUUGUGGUCGCAACUAAAAAUUUUUUUAGCAUCUUGUUGUGUUGGCACCCCGAUAUUAAUCCCAAAGCUCCCCCAUGUUACUUUUUUUCCUCCAUCUCUUGGUCGAUGAAUGGUCUUUGUGGAGAGCUCUCCCUCCAAUGCUGCAUUACUCUUAUUGCUGACCUGUCUGCUACUGUCUACGUGCCUCCGUCUGUAUACACAUCACAUUAAAGCCACAUCUUUCACCUCCUCUGCCGGGCUUAAAGCACCUGCACAGCCAUGGCACACCCACAAAGGCGUGGUCACUUAUUUUGACUGAUGGGACCUCCUCUCAGCACUGUGUGAGCAUCUGUGGACCAUGUUUGACAGACAUGUCCAUCACUCUACUGUUCACUUUUGUUGUACCUGUUAUGAUGGGACAGUGUAAACGCCCAACCUGUAAAGAGGUCAAAUCAAGCACAAUAACUAAGAGCAUCUCUGUGGGUGUGCACGGCCCUGAAGUGUCAUUUAUUUUCGCUUCUUCUUUUUCCUCCGAUCUCGUCCGUUUUGUUACUGAUGGUCUCAUUUACAAUCGCCUUUCUGUAAUGUGCCUAAACUAUGGAGAGGAAAAGUAUUCAUUUUAAUUUUGCCUUUCAUAUGAAACAUAUUCAAGCCUGAAAAGUAAAUAAAAUACUUACUACUUUA